AUGCAUGAGAAAGGCCCCAUCUCCCAGAAGCACGACGGCUCUGGCCUCCGCAUUGGCAUCAUCCACUCCCGCUGGAAUUGGAACAUCAUCGAACCUCUUCUGGAGGGCACCAAGGCGAAGCUGCUGGAGAGUGGCGUUGCCGAGUCCAACAUCGUCGUCGAGUCUGUCCCUGGCGCUUGGGAACUACCUGUGGCCGUCCAGAGAUUCUUCGAUGCCUCGCAAGUCCAGUCCGCCAACUCGGCCAACUCCCUAUCGGCCGGCGACCUCCUCCUCGGCGGCAGCACGACCGACCUCUCCGCACCGGCUCCGUCUUCGGGCUCGUCGUCUACCAAGUCGACCCUGCAGUUCGAUGCCCUCGUUGCCAUUGGCGCGCUGAUCAAGGGCGAAACCAUGCACUUUGAGUACAUUGCGGACAGCGUGUCGCAGGGCCUCAUGCGCGUCCAGCUGGACACGGGUGUGCCGAUCAUCUUUGGCGUGCUGACGGUCCUGAGCGAGAAGCAGGGCCUGGCACGGGCGGGCGUCAUUGAGGGCAGCCACAACCACGGUGAGGACUGGGGCUCGGCGGCGGUGGAGAUGGCCGUGAAGCGGAAGGCUUGGUCCGCGGGCAAGCUCAACUGA